CAUGACACCCCAAAAAAGGAAAAGAAGAACUGGCAACUGAAUGACAACUUAUAAACCCUGUGAGAGAGCCACUUGCUGCUCUGCCUUGACUCAGAAGCCACAGCGAUGAAGCUCCACACCGCAGCAAUCCUCCUUCUCUUCUGGCUUGGCAUCUUCACUGUGCAUACAGUCAAAGGGAGUGCUAGUAGUCAGCCCAUGCGCAAAUUCAGAUGUGUAAAUCUAUCUACAAAUCGGCUGAACAUCCAAAAUCUCGUGAGCUAUGAAAGGCAACAAGUACCAACAGAUGCCAUCAUGUUUAUUACUAUAAGAGGUAUCAGGAUCUGUGUACCUGCUGAUCAGAAAUGGGUGCAGACUGCUAUAAAGAGAAUAGAUGAAAGGCGUGCUGCCAAACGCAAAUAAUCCAAGCAUCUAAGGCCAACCGUCUGGAAUCAUCAUUGCUGCAGCUCACA